AACUAACCUGACGUCUAUGGCGGUCAAAAUUAGAAAAAAGCAAAAACCUGACGAGCAAGCUUACGAUGAAGUUCACGGUGUGUCCCACUUUGAGGGGGUUUUUGACGUUUGGCAUAGGGUUUGACAGUUUUCCGGAGAUGGAAUUUUUGACGUUUGAAACCGUUAUGGGGGGAUUUAAAAAUGCAAAAAAAAUAUUUUUCCACUGCAUUUUUUACACCAUCGUACUUUUUUUCUUCGUUCGCUCAUUGCUAUCUUGCUUACUCAUUUUCGCGAUGGCAUGUAAUGUGUGUUAUCCAGCUCCCACUCAUGAUUAUGUUCACAAGUGCUUUCUCAAUUGUAUGUAGGUGGGGGUUCUUUUGUAGAGAGCGUGUUAUAGCGUGUUAUUAUAGAGAGAGGAAAUCUUUUUUUACUCACAUAGUGCGUGUGGAUGACCGUGCUGCCACUCUAGAGUUGAUCCAGGAAGGUGUUCUGAAAGACAUAGAGAAUAUGUUGCGUUAACCGCUCGGCCAUUAGAGCGAUACUGGUGUGGCAAAGUAUAAAACGCGUUUUAUUUUACAUUUGCACACAAAAUCAUUUACGUGUGUUUUUGGUGAUCAAAUUCAAAUCAAGUAUAAAUAAAAAUAGUGUUUAUUUGUCCUUUGUUAUUUUGUGACGUCACGCUGUGCGAUACAGCAAUUCAUAUUCCUACACUUCCUAGAACAAGUGAAAAAAUGUGUCAUUGCUCGUUAGAUGCGUUUUCAUCACAAUUAGUGCGUCGUUUAUUGCGUAAUACACGAUGAAUUCUGUAAGUAAAAGAAAUAUAUGAUUGAUACAGCUGCAAUCGGUUAACCUAACUGUGAGUGUGAUUAUUUUUCAGAUAUCCGAUAAAGAAAAUUCUGCUGCUUGCAAUACCAUCCGGAACAAUGAUAUUCCAACACAUGACGACAAUGGAUUUGAUCAUACAUAUACAUCGCUCACGUAUACGGUUUUAUCUUCAAAAAAAACUAAACGAUACGCAACCAAUGCAACCUCCACAAUGAAAAUAAAGACUCUUAAAGAGUCUCGAUUGUCUAUUCAUGAACAUUCAUACAGUACCACAUUACCCGUGCAGACAUCACCAGUUAUUGCUUGUUGCUCCAAGACACCAGCCAUACCUUCUCGUUCGAAGACAUCAACCAAACGUUCAAGACGUAAAACACCAGCCAUAUUUCGUGCUUCGAAGACGCCAGCCAUAUGUUUAAGCUCCACCACACCAGCCAUACCUGCCAGCUGUACAACAUCGGCCAUUCCUUGCAGCUCUAAAAAACUACCCAAUGCUUCAGGCUCCACAACACCAGUCAUACCUGCCAGCUGUACAACAACGGCCAUUCCUUGCAGCUCUAAAAAACUACCCAGUGCUUCAGGGUCCACAACACCUGCAAGUUUUGUGACACCAGCUAUUCCCUCUAGUUCGAAGACGUUACCUGAUGCUUUAACUUCGCAAAUACCAACCAAACCUGUAAUGUGUACCGUUUCUUCAGGCUUUGGGAAUGAAACCAACUCACUUACGGGUGCCGUUUACUACCACGAUAUCCCUUCAAAACCAUCAUCACCUCUUCAAGAUCCAAAUAAAAUAUCGUGUACCGUGCACUCGGAGCAGUCUUCCGGGACAGAAAUUUCGCAUCACAUGGUUGCUAUACGACAGGAACUGAAAAGUAUUCGACAAGGUCAAGAAUAUAUGCUAACCAGCUUCGAAUGUGCAAUGGAAGCUGCUGGUACGUUAACACCAUCCACAUCGUUUAGCAUGCAACCGAUUAACUCUAAGGAGUUAAUGGUGGAAUUUGAUGCCCGACUUGCCGAUCCAGAUUACAUGGCCCAAGUAAUAGCGUUUUUAAAACGGGAAUCAGGAGAAUAUCGGCCAUUUAAUCUGAUGCAUAGGUCAAUCGAUUUGCUGUUCGGUAUGGAGUUUUUUGCAUCCUGCAGCUGGAGUGGCGUAGGAAUUCCUUUGGCAAAAAUUCCAUUUAAAAUCCACACUAACAUAAUCAAAUUAUUCUGCAUACUUGGAGCGACGAAUGGUGUGGAAAUUCCAGAAUGGAGUAUUCGCGAAUACUUUAAGGACAAAUUUUACCAUGCGAAGCAAAGGUUGAAGAAUUACAAACGCAUUCGAACUUCAAGUCCGCGUCCAUUCACUCUUACCAACCGGAUUAAUGCAAGGAAACGUGCCAUAGAAAACAAUCAGCCUGAUCCACAAUCCUCCUUUUCUCCAUCUGAACACUUACCCCCACCUAAAUAAUCACAU